AUGUGGUCUGUGUUUUGGACGUCCUUGCUCCUAUCUCGUUCGGCAGCACAGUUGCAUGCCGGUUUGAUCCAACAUGGUAUGUCUGGAGAAUGCCCCAGCUUGCACUUGUUGCAGGCGACUAUGUCGGCCAGAAGAGCUCAGGCUGAGGAGGUCCCUUGGUCCCAGCUCCAACAGGACACGGAGACCCGCAGGAGUGAUUUGCAGCUCCGGCUGGAGAAUUCCCAGCUGAAAGGCGCGCUAGAAAGAGCGAUUCUUCAGCUAUCGGUGACACUUCGAGGGAGGCGCAGCUUCAGUUUGCACGGCGUCGACUUUGGUGAGCCAUUGCCUCUGACGCUCCUAGUCGCCGCAAUUCUGCUGUGCAUUUACGGCUUCAUUUAUCUGGUGCACCUCGUCGCUUUCUUCGGCCGCAGGAAUCGCAUCAAGGCCAGCAACCGUCGCAGGCGACACGUCGAAGCCCCGGAGCGUCUUCCUGAUCUCUCCGAGUGCAAGGAGGAGAUGACUGCGAGGUUUUGCUGCAACACGACACAUAAGACAGUUGUGCGACUGUUCCUGAUCGUUAUCGUGGCAACUGCAGGCGGAUCCUUCUUGUUGCGUGAGGGCUACUUCGACUCGGUGAAAGAGAAGCUGGUUCCUUUGUUGUACUUGGCCAUCGUCGUCAUCAUGAUCCUGCAAGUCAUCAUCGCGGAGGCACGACCAGUAAGUUGGCUAAAGGUCAGCAGAUGCAACCGCACGUUCAGCGAGGGUUCCUCGGCCGCAGGCCUGGACUCGCAUUGGAAGUCUGCUGGAGGCAGUGACAUCCACAGCAUGGAUGACAGCGAAUGGUUUUAUAUUGCUCCAAGCCUCACACGCGAGUUUCAUGCUGCCUUGCCUGUGUCUGCUCGCCGCACAGCCCCUUUGGCGCUUCCACGAAAGGAUGCAGGCGGAAGGGCUUUGGGACUUUGGGCUUUGCAAGAUAUCAAAGGUGGGGCAUGGAUCUAG